GCCACUCCAAAAGCUAAAGAUGAUACCGUGUCAUUAACUGAAACAGUAAAGGGGUAUACUUCGGCUAUUAAAGCAGAGGAAAUUUCAGACAUUGCCAACGCCAAUAUUCUCGAUCAUGAGAUGGCCGAACACCUAGAAAACAAGCCAAAGAAGACUUUAGAAGAAAUGUAUGCGUUAAGCCGGUAUCAUAUUGCAGAUUGCUAUGGGAUGGCACCGGAAUCUUUAACAGAGGAAUUUAUCAAAGAUUAUGGUAAAUAUGAUCAUAUGAAAUGGUUCAGAAAUAUCCGGAAACUACGAGAUGCAGGCACUAAUAAUGGGACAGCAGUUGAGGCCAUUAUCCGUGAAGAUUAUAGAAACGAUAGACUUACAACCGUUACCCAAGCUGAGAAGCAUCGAAUUUGUCUGGAAUUACUAAAGACUUGCACACCGGUUAAAGAUAUUGAUGAUCGAAAUAGAUAUAAAGUUAAUGAUGUCAAAACCUGCUUAAACUCACCAGAAUCGAUACAAUACCUCCAAAAUUUAGUACCAAAAAUGGCUCGGGUUUUUGAUAAUACAGACGCAUCUCGUAGUGCUAAAAAAUCUGGUUUAAAAUCGGAUAAAGCGAAACUUGGUUUAUUAAAUUCAGCACUUUCUGCAAUCUAUGGGGUAAAGUUUAAAACUACUAAUAAUAAAAAUACGCAUUACCAUCUAAUUGGAGCAUUUGACAAUGAGGAUGCCCCCAAAUUACCACCAUAUCAAACGGGCGAAGAUUGGGAGAAUGGAGAAGAUUGGCGGUAUUCUUAUAGUAAACUCUCAUCCGAUGAAUUAGAAACCUCUUCCAAUUCUAUCAUACAAGAUACUCAGGAUCUAUUUGAUAUCUGUUAA